UUUUCUACCCCAUAUAUCUCACAUUAAUUCCCUUCCAGCUCCAACCAUUUUUCUUACACUUUUUUUUCUAUAAAAGGCAACGGUGUGUUCGGUCAUGCAUGUUCACCCCAUUCCUCCAUCGAUGGCUAUUCGCACUCGCUUCUCUGCCUUCCUGCUUCUGCUUCUCCCAUUGGAAUUCAUUGCUGUUAUGGGGGUUACACCUCCUCUUCCUCUUCCUGAGUGCAGACCCAUUCUGGCUGUCGAUAGAGACCUAGUCCAAUUCGCUUUAAACUUGGAAUUCUUGGAAGCAGAAUUUUUUCUGCACGGUGCACUUGGUAUGGGGCUUGAUGUCUUGGCACCUUCUUUGGCCCAAGGCGGUCCUCCUCCAGUUGGUGGAAGGAAGGCCAAUCUGGAUCCCAUCAUCCGUAGAAUUAUAGAGGAAUUUGCUUAUCAGGAAAUUGGACAUCUCAGGGCGAUCACAGAGUCUGUAGGAGGAGUGCCGAGGCCUCGACUCAAUAUAAGUGCCGAGGCUUUUGCCGCAUUUUUUAAUCGAGCAAUGAAUACCACAUUAUCUCCUCCAUUCAAUCCGUACGCCAAUUCCCUCAACUAUCUCUUGGCGUCCUACGUUAUACCUUAUGUAGGACUCGUAGGUUACGUUGGCACUAUCCCUAACCUUGUCGGACGCACCAACUGAGAACUGGCUGCUUCACUGCUGGGGGUGGAGUCUGGACAAGACGCAGUGAUACGGACAUUACUGUACCUGAGGGCAAAUGAGAAAGUGAAGCCAUAUGGAGUAACCGUGGCAGGUUUUACCGAUCGUAUCUCGGAAAUAAGGAACAGGCUUGGCAGAUGUGGGAUGAAAGAUGAAGGCUUGAAGGUACCAAAGCAACUUGGUGCAGAGAACCGAACUACCAGUAACAUCCUAUCGGCGGAUGCUGAUUCCCUUUCGUAUUCACGGACGCAGCCAGAAAUUUUGGGGAUAGUAUAUGGAACUGGCGACGAGAGUAGGCCUGGUGGAUUUCUGCCUGAUGGUGGAGCUGGGAGAAUCGCCAUGCGAUUCCUCGCUACUUGAAACUAAGCGAUCGCGUAUAUAUAAAAUAGGGGUCAUAUAUAAUAACCACUUGUUAGUCACGUGAAACUCCCAUGAUGUUGUUAAUUUAUACUGAAGCUUUACAAAAAUUAAUGGGCUACAUCUUAUAAUUUUAUUUUUCACUUACAUUUGUAACAAUUUACUAUUAAUAUAAUAAUACUAAAUCUUAAAUCCAA